AUGAAAUCCUCACAACUAACACUUCCUAUUGUUCUAAUAUUAUCACUCGGAGGACUGUGUUUAAAUCGCGAAAGACCAGUAAACAUUACAAUUAUGACAUUUAAUACUUGGAUUUCGGGUGAUAAUGUCGAAAAUGGAAUGUUAAAAAUUGCGAAACACAUAAAAUUGAUCAAUCCGGAUAUUGUUGCAUUGCAAGAAGUUCAUGAUACAGAUCAUUUGAAUCAUUUGGUAAAAGAAAUGGGCAUAGGAUGGACAGCUGCUACAACGACAUAUUCAUAUCCUGACACUGCUAUUUUAACAAAACACAAACUAAUUAAUCAAUCACUACAUCAAAUCAGCCAUGGUAUGGGUGUUAAAGUAAGGAUUGAAAGUGCAAAUAGAACAAUUCACGUAUGGAAUCUUCAUUUAGACUAUCAAUCGUAUGGUCCAUAUGCAGCAUUUAAUAAAAUGGUCACUAAAAUAACACAAAUUAUGGCUGGUGAAAUGGCUGAUGGCAAAGGUCGUUUCCAGAAUAUGCGAGAAUUACUAGUCGAUGAUCAUUUCCAAGCUGCUGUUGGAAAUUCAUCCACUGAACCAUUGAUUGUUUGCGGUGAUUUUAAUUCACCAUCACAUCUCGAUUGGACUAAUGAGACAAGUUUUCUUCAUGGUAACUGGAAAUUCCAAUGGCCAACAACACAAAUAUUGGAAAAUGAAGCUGAAAUGAAAGAUUCUUAUCGAGAGCUGCAUCCACACGUUCUUGAAAAUCCAGUGGAAAAAAUGAGCAGUGGUGGUUGGAGCUGGACAAUACCGGAACCACAGGACCGAAUUGAUUAUAUCUUUUAUCGUAGUCCGCUACUCUCUCCUAUACAAUCGUAUACAUAUCAGGGUCAUGAAACUGUUUAUCCUAAACCAUUCCACUGGAAAAAUGACUAUCCGUCUGAUCAUUUUGCUGUUAUCACUACUUUCCAUUUGAUGUAA